AUAUAAAGAAUCGAACAAUCAUCACCCUGCGUGAAUAUUAAAUGUUAUACAUAUAUUUAAUUUAUUUAUAUCGUGAUAAUCACUAUUAUUUAUUGAUUAAACAGCAAAACUGUAAUUAAAUGAUCAAGAAGUAAAGUCUUAAGGAUAAAAAAUCCAAAUAUGGAUAAAAAUGAAAAAAUUUUUGAUAAAAUUAUUAUUAUUAUUGAAUUACAGUAGUGAAAUGUUUGGUUAUUUUGAUCGUGUAGAAUGGGUGGUUGCAUUGGAAUAACGAGGGCAAGGACUGCCUCUGUAGAUGAUACAUCAGCUAAUUCAACUAGAACACAAUCAGGUAAUUCUCGCAAAAAUCAUCCACUUUGCCAUGAAAUAAUCAGAUGGAAAUCGGAUGUACCAUUAACUGAAGGACAAUUACGCAGCAAGCGCGAUGAAUUUUGGGAUACAGCACCAGCAUUUGAUGGUAGAAAAGAAAUAUGGGAUGCAUUAAGGGCCGGUGCAACCGCUGCAGAAGCAGCAGAUUAUCAAUUAGCACAAGCCAUACUUGAUGGCGCAAAUAUAUCCGUACCAAAUGGAUUUCUAACAGAAUGUUAUGAUGAACUAGGAACUAGAUAUCAAGUACCAAUUUACUGUUUAUCAUAUCCGAUAAAUAUUGUUAAAGAAGAUAGCGGUAGAGAUUCACCAGCUGAUUGUUCAGAACCUGUUGAUGGUGGUAUAGAAAUCACAUUAAAAUUGAGACUGUCAACGACUCUUGCAGACGUUAAACUUCCGGUUUACAGUAAAGAUACUAUUGGAAUUGCUAAAAAGAAGCUUCAGAGUCAAGAAGGACUAGAACCUUCAAAACAAAGAUGGUUCUUUGGAGGCAAAUUACUUGGUGAUAAAAUGCACAUAGAAGAAGCUAAAAUACAACCCGGAUAUGUUAUUCAAGUAAUUGUUAAUGCUGAAAAAGAUGAGAGUCCUACGAGGAAUAGUUGAAAGAUAAUAUUAAAAUUAACAAGAAAAUAAUUUAAUUAACUUUAUUUUUUACUAAUAAAAUUAUUAAGUGAAGUAUAUAAAAUGAAACAAAUUCAACACUUAAUUAAGAAUUAUACAAUAAACAAAUUAAUAGAAAAGGAUUACAGCAUAUGUAUUUUAGUUUUUCAACAAUAAUGUUAUAAACAGCCAUGAAUUGAAAAAAAAAAUCCAUAUAUAUAUACAUAUAUAUAUAUAUUGUAUACAGCGUCCUUAAUAAUAUGGGAAUAAUUAUUAGUAGUGUACAGUACAAUGGACUGAAAAUUUUUAAUUAUAAUAAAGUAAUAUUUCUAUAAAUAAAAAAAAUAAACAAUUUU